UGCUUUUGAGAUGUAAAAAUUGGGGGGUGUGCAAGGGAGAAGUAGAGGUUUAACUAAAAAUGUGAGAACACAAGUUUUUAGCUGAAACAAAUGAACUGAGCAGGUACUCAGUGACUGUUUCAUUGUUGCCUAACAUUUAUAUCUGCUGUCCACAUGGAUUUUCAUGUCAUUAGCAUGAAAGCUGUCUUUCCAUGGUUCUUGUCAAUUCUCUCCCUAACACUUCUAAAGAGAAGAGGCUGCUCCCAGUUCUUGUGUCAUUCAUAAAUGGUAGUGAAGGGAUUUGAAAACUUUGGAAAAGAGUAGACAAAUUAUUUGGAAUGGUUUAAAAUGGAUUUAAGUAGCAUUUGAAUUUCUCAUAAAGGAGGUGCUUCAUUGAGAGUAAGUCCUUGACUGAUGAGACAUCAAGGUGAAAAGGAAUAGAGGUGGUUUGGGUAGGAUCCAAGUAAGUAAUGAGGUACUACUAAGGAAGAAAAAAUGUAGGCUAUUGGGAGGAGUAUCCUCAUGUUACAGCCACAGCCUCAGCUCAGAAAAUUUGUUUUUAUUUCUUCCUGUUCUUUUUCUUUCAAAUAGAAAAAAUGAAUGGCAACAGAGCAAAUUCAUAAUAGUUAUAAUGGCGUAUAUUGUCAAAGAGCAUUUGUAGAAAUGCUUAGAAAGCUGAUGCUUUGGAGCUUCUAUUUUAUUCCUGUGGAAAAUGCAGCACCCAGUGCUGAUGGCAGAAUUUGAGGAGGAAAUAACCUUUGCAAGUUGCAAAUAAUUAUCUGGAGAAAGAGAUGUGGCUCCAUCUAGUGGCCUCCGGUUUUCCUGUACUCAGGAUAUAUUGUGUUAGGAAACAAAUCCUAGUUAUUGUUUUUGUUUCUAACAGUUCUUCAUUUGCAGUAUUUACCGUCGAAUCUGCUUUUGUGGAAUUACCAGUGUGUUUUCUCUCGGGUGGUCCUUUGUGCUGUCAUUUAACCUCUAGGCCAAGAGUGGGGAAUCAUGACUCCAGGGUUCUGUUUCUGUAUCUGCUAUUGAUUUGCUGUGAUCUGGAGAGCAGGUCAUGUACAGUUUUGUGUAUGACUGUAUCAUAUGUUAGGUGAGAUUGAGAACGCUUGCUUCUUCAAGCCCCCUGUGGUUAAAACUGAUAAAGCCUGCUGAAACAUUUGACCAGACAUUGCAGAAGGUGGUGCAGAGGUUGGAGAAGGUGAUCAAGCACAAUUUUCAAUGUGAGGAUUUAGAAAGAAAACAAAAUUUUCUGUUUUCCACCAGAGUUAUGACAUUGGGAAGAUGGACAUGAAAUAUUCUCUUGGCAAAGAAAUGCAGGCUAAAGUGCUGCGGUUGUUGGCUACAGCUUAUUUCGAGUGGGAUUGCAAUCUGUAUCUUGACAAGGCAUUGAAAGCUGUGAGCUUGGCAAAUCAGGAGGAUUUGCAUCCAGCAGGGUUUUUCUUGAAAAUGAAAAUCCUUCUUAAAAGUGGAGCAUCAGAUGAAGAUAUCAGCUCAGCUGUUGCAGAAUUCCUGCACCAUGAGAUGUCUUUAGACUUUUGUCUGAAUACUGCCAAACUGCUGCUGGAGCAUGGAAGGGAAUCAGUUGGGUUUGAUUUUCUGAAAUCUGUUUCUGAACGAUUUGAAUCUUCACCCGACCAUGGAAGAAUUGCCCUGCUCCACAUCGAGUUCCUGUUGCAGAAUAAGAGAGAGCUGCUUGCUAAGCAGAAGGUUGAAGAAAUUAUUAUAGGUUAUUAUACUGGGAAGCAGCUGUUGCCUGAAGCCUCGAACCGGCUGCACAUCAUCUUGUGGGACAUGGCUGCCAAACAUUAUGAGGCAAAAAGCUAUUCUGAAGCUCUUCACUGGUACAAUUAUUCUGUCAGUUUCUACACCCCCGGGCAGAUAGAUCAGAACUUGGCUAAGCUGCAGAGGAACAUGGCUUCUUGUUAUCUUCACCUGAAACAAGUUGACAAGGCUAAAGAGGCAGUUAAAGAAGCAGAGAGAUGUGAUCCAAACAGCAUCUUUACUAAAUUCAGUGUCUAUAAGAUUGCAGUGAUGGAGAAAGAUACUAAUAAAGCUGUGGAAGCAGUUAUUGAAAUGGGGAAGCUAGCAGAAAAGUCAUCUCAACAUGAAGACAAGCUGAGAGGGGAGGAAAAUACAGGCACUAACCUCUUGAGUCUAGCUGCCCAAAUUGCUUUGGAGAAUGAACAGCAAGUUGUGGCUAUCAAAGCUUUGGAGUAUUUGUCUGAGCAUUUACAAGACUGCCGACAAUUAUUUGCAGCUUUAAAAUGUUUGGUUCGUCUUACGUUGUCAAGGGUCAUGGCAGAAAAUGAAGAGAAAAGAGAUGAAGACAUCAACUCGAUGCUGACUUACUUGACCUUGGCUCACAAGAGACUCGCUGAGUCUUUCACAGAAGAAAAAUUUACAGGGGACAUGAGGGUCCUUGAAGCUCACUGGUUUAGGAAAGUUGCUUGGAACUUGGCUGUACAGCUGAGGGGCUGCCCUGCAAAGAUGAGGGAUUUUUUCCUACUGUCUUUCAAGUUGUCCCAGUUUUGUCCUUCGGACAAAGCUGUUCUAAUUGCUCAGAAGACAUGCCUGUUAAUGGCAGCUGCAGUUGAUCUGGAAAUGGGGAGACAACCAGUACCACCUUCUGAACAGGUGGAGCUUUUGACUCAGGCCCUUCAGCACCUCGAGGCAUGCAAGGAGAUCUGGAAAGUUCUGAAACUAACAGGAGAUUUUGCUAAAGACCCAACAGACACAUUGCUGCUGCUUUAUGAAUUUGAAGCAAGAUCCAAACUGAAUGAUCCAGCACUCCACAACCUUAUGGAGUCAGUAUGGGAGCAACCACAAAUAGAGGUCAAGACGCUAGAAAUCAUUGCAUCAUUAGCAAUGGAAUCUCCAGCUCGGUAUCCUGUACUGUGUAAGAAAGCUCUCAAGAGUGCAUUAAACCUUCACAGAAAGCAGGCUGUCAUUGAUGUUGAGAAAUUUAGCAAAUGCUUACAUAGUUUGAUAAAUCUUUCUUUACCAACUGGAUUAACAGACCUGGAUGCCUGUGUACUGCAGGAGGUGUGGGGCUACUUUGAAGAUGGUCUGAGCAUAAUCAGCAGCACAAAAGCUUACCCAGAGAUGGAGAUCCUUUGGUUGAUGACAAGAGCCUGGAAUACAGGAAUAUUUCAGUACACCGCUGGGAAAUGUAGGGAAGCCGAGCAGUGGUGUGGAUUAGGAAUGCGCUUCCUCAAUCACUUAGGAUCUCUGAAGAAAAGCUAUGAAGGCCAUAUGAUUGGUCUUUAUAGUGAGGUUCUGGACAAACUGGACAGAGCAAAAGGGUUUCUUUCAAACGAACCAGAAUAAUGAGAGUCACAACUGCAGAAGGGAGGACAGGAGUGGCUCCUGGAGAUGUUCUGCUGGAUGAAAGAGGCUGUCAGCUCUGUGGAAGCAUUGCGUCAUGGGAGCAGUGGAAGAGAAACCAGGAUCUCCUCCUUGUUGGUAAUUAAUCUGUGUACUUUUUAGGAAGUCUUUGUUGAAUAAAUGGAAUCGUUUUCCUCUAGGCAAUAGUUUUCAGUCUCUGGAGCUAUUUAACAGUUAGAAAUAAAUAUUUAACUUUUUU